AACCUAGCAUAUCAAUUUGAAUUAUUUGUUCCUACUGUCAUGUUGUAUCAUUUUUUUAUUUGAAUUUAAUUUUCUUUGUAUUCUUUUAUGAAAAAUUUCAUGUGAUAAGUUUGUGAAAUUAAAUUUCACGUGCUAGAAAAAUAUUUUUUAAAAUCCACAUGAUAACUUAAGGUUUACUCAAAUACUAUCUCUAGGACUUUUUUACUAAAAAAAAUGUUUGGGAAAGUUAAUAAGUAAGAAAGGCGAGUUUUUGUGAGAUUGAAUACAGCUAAAAGGAUCCAAAAGAUCACAUUUCUCCCAAAUUUCCCUAAUUUCUCCCUGACUCUAAUUUCCCAACUUCUCUAAUUUCCAAACCCAUAAUUUCCUUAACCCUUAUUUCCAUAAUUCCCAAAUCCUAAUUUCCCUAAUUUUUCUAAUUCUAAUUUGAAGGUAUUGAUCAAGUUUAAAGCGUUUGAAGAAGAAAUUCCAAUUUGAUAGUAGAAGGAGAAUUGUAAAACUAGGGUUUGCGUUUGGGGGAUAAUUUUAAUUUUUGUAAAGAGCACUUGCUAGUAAAGGAAAGAGCUGAGCUAGGGGUACAACCAACAGUAGACAGAAGGAGAAUUAAAGUUUACAAAUAUUUUUUUUUUAGUAAAAAAGUUAGGGAGUUUAAUUGGGUAAACCUCAAUAUUAUCGUAUGGACAUGAAAUACAUAAUACCUUUAAUUUACCACAUACAGAAAGCAUGGAAUUCUUAAAGUAUGGUGUACGACUAUACCAGGCAGUGAUGAAAGGUGACUUGCAAACAAUAAACACGAUCAAACAUCAAUCCUCUUCUUGGCUUGAGCAGAAGAUUACAAAGGGUGGAGAAACUGCACUUCAUAUUGCAGCAGCGGCCAAGCAUAUUGAAGUUGUUCAAGUGCUUGUAAACACUAUGUCUUAUGAUGCUCUUGUUCUUAGAAACAAAGUCGGAAACACCGCACUUUGUUUUGCUGCUGUUUCUGGUGUUGUUGAGAAUGCCAAAGCCAUGGUCGACAAAAAUGGAGCUUUGCCUAAUAUUAGAGGAAAUCAAGGGAUGACUCCUCUUUACAUGGCUGUCUUGCUUGGCCAUUGCCAAAUGGUAUGGUACCUUCUUGGUGUUACUGAUGAACAACAGUUGACAGACGAGGACUAUAUUGGCUUACUUACAAGCUCUAUUAACACUGAUAUGUUCGAUGUGGCCUUGUAUAUUCUUCGAAAGAAUCCAAAGCUGGCCUUUUUACGAGAUGCAAAGGAAGAGACUGCAUUACAUGCGUUGGCUCGCAAACCUCUGCAGCCUGUAGCCAAUGAACUGAACAUUUGGAAGAGUAUGACAAUGCAACGGGGUAGCAUACAAGAGAAAAGGGUAGAGCCACAGCUUGCAAUUCAACUAACCCAAGGACUUUGGAGUGAAGUCAUUAAACUGAAGGAGGAGGAUAUAUCUAACUUGUUGGGCUCCCCUUGGCGACUAUUGUUCGUUGCAGCAAAAAUGGGGAAGGUCGAGUUCUUAACCACUCUAAUCCGAUCAUAUCCUGAUCUGAUAUGGAAGGUAGAUGACAACAGACGUACUAUCUUCCACAUUGCUAUUAAGCACCGCCAUGAAGAGAUUUUUCAGUUGAUAUAUGAGAUUGGGGCGAUCAAAGACUUAAUAGCAACCUAUAAAGAUGAUUAUGGAAAUAACAUGCUCCAUUUGGCUGGCAAGUUAGCACCUUCUCAUCGACUUAACUAUGUGUCUGGGGCAGCAUUACAAAUGCAACGCGAAAUUUUGUGGUUCAAGGCAGUGAAAAAGAUAGUGAGACCAGAGUAUGCUGAAGCCAAAAACUGCGAUAAAAAAACUCCUCAAGCGUUGUUCACCGAAGAACAUGAAAACUUAAGGGUUAAAGGUGAAGCAUGGAUGAAAAAGACUGCAGAAUCAUGUGCUCUUGUAGCUACUUUAAUAGCUACAGUCGUAUUUUCAGCCGCCUUCCAACUACCCGGAGGUGUUAAUGACAAAGGAAGUGCUGUCUUACUGAAGAGGCCAAGCUUUGUAGUAUUUGCCACAUUAAAUGCAAUAUCAUUGUUCUCCUCCACCGCUUCUGUUCUGAUGUUCCUAUCAAUCCUAACUUCUCGAUAUGCAGAAAGCGAUUUUCUCAUAUCGUUACCUCUAAAGCUCAUGACAGGUCUUACGUUACUUUUUGUGUCAAUAGCAACCAUGAUAAUAGCCUUCACUGCUACAUUCUUCAUAACAUUUUAUGAAGCAGUGAAAUGGACUCCUAUACCUAUUGCACUUAUCGCUUCUGUUCCAGUUGCCCUUUUCGUCUUCCAACAAUAUCCUUUGUUAGUAGACAUAUACCGCACAACUUACAAAUCUCAUCAGUUUUUAUUUCAAUCCGGGAAAAAAUAUAAAUUAUUUGACAUUUCCUCUCAGGAUGAUUUUGUGUGCAGAUAUCCGACCAGGAUACUCUCAGAAACCUCAAAAUCUUCUAUCUUGGUUCGACACAAAUCUUCACAUCGCCCAACAGCCUCGCAGAUAGUAGCACCUUGUGCAUCAGAACCCAAUACUCCUGUAUACGGUUCCCUCAAUGGUCGUCUUUAGUGGGUCUAUGGAAUUUCCUGUAUACUCCGUCUUACAUCAGUUCUGUUUUUUUGUUCGUAAAUGGAUUAUUAGCUUCUACUCACUAUUCAGCUAGUUCUCUAAUUAACUUUCAGGCUAUUUAAUUUGUUUUAUAAUGCUAAACAUUGCAUUCUUUCUUUUAGUUAGUCUGUCCUGUGAUAAUUAUUGUCCUGCUAUUAAGGACUAGUAUUGAACUCUAAUUCUAGAAUCUGUGAUAUUUUACUUUCACCAUUGUAAUAGCGGUCCGAUUCUCACCAUUGGAAGAUAAAUUUUCAUAGUGUGUCCGUUCAUUCUUUAA